CAAAAUGGCCGAACUUCUCUCGACAUUUCAUUAAUUAAAUAACUCAAAAUUUUGUCAAUAAAUUUUUCCUCUUCAUUUUCUGGAGUGAAUUGAAAAAAUAGUGACAAUCGUAGUCACGGAACAAUUGAAAAUUUAUUAUAAACAUUAUUAUAUCUUGCAAGUAUUGCGUAAAGCGUGAUAAUACGUCAAAAUAACAAGUUACGUGUUUUUCAGGCAAAUGACAGCUACUAUUCACAAUUUAACUAAACUAGACAAUUUAUAGUAGAAAUUCGAAUUAAAAAUACCUUAGGAAAAAUGUUAGAUAACGAGGACAUUAUUGUCGAGGAUAAAAAUGAAUUGAAAUCAAUGGAAGAUUCAGGACUACGACAUCGAGUCCCUUGGAGUGAUAGGAUUUCACUAAACAGUGAUAUUCCUGGUUUACAUGAGGUCAAAGAAUUACUAGAAGAAGAUGACACCAGUUGUUUGGCUGAAGAAGAGGACGGAGUUGGAUGUCCAUUGCCAUCAACUCCUGAAGAUGAUCAUCUUUUAAAUUGUGAGAUGACAGAAGUCCUAAAAGCUGGAGUAUUAAGCGAUGAAAUCGAUAUCGGUGCAUUGGCGCACAACGCAGCUGAACAAGCCGAGGAAUUUGUUCGUAAGGUGUGGGAAGCGUCUUGGAAACAGUGUCACUUCCGGAAUUUACCAAGAUGGUUGCAGGACAACGAUUUCUUACAUGCAGGUCAUAGACCCCCUUUGCCGUCAUUCUACGCUUGUUUUAAAAGUAUUUUUCGCAUUCACACGGAAACAGGAAAUAUAUGGACCCAUCUACUCGGAUGUGUGGCUUUUAUAGGAAUAGCAAUUUUCUUCAUAACACAACCACCAAUGGCAAUACGAUUGGAGGAGAAAAUAGUAUUCGGGGCCUUUUUUGCCGGUGCAAUAAUUUGUUUAGGGAUGUCGUUUGCUUUCCACACAUUGCACUGCCACAGCGAAUGCGUAGGAAAGUUAUUUUCAAAACUAGACUACUGUGGAAUAGCACUGCUUAUAAUGGGUAGCUUUGUACCUUGGUUAUAUUAUGGUUUCUACUGUGAUUACCAGCCCAAGCUGAUAUAUUUGUCAGUUGUUAUGGGUCUUGGAAUAACCAGUAUAGUAGUUUCUUUGUGGGAAAGAUUUGGCGAGCCAAGAUUCCGACCGUUGAGGGCUGGAGUUUUCAUGGGCUUUGGACUUAGUGGGAUCAUACCAGCUGUACAUUACUCAGUGGCUGAAGGGUGGUUUAAGGCGAUCAGUCAAGCCUCACUCGGUUGGUUAAUUCUUAUGGGAUGCUUGUAUAUACUUGGCGCCAUGUUUUAUGCCUUACGCGUUCCAGAACGAUUUUUCCCCGGAAAAUUCGACAUCUGGUUUCAGAGCCAUCAGAUAUUCCAUGUGUUCGUGAUUGCAGCAGCAUUCGUUCAUUAUCACGGGAUAACGGAAAUGGCAAUGCAUAGAAUGACUAUCGGUGAUUGUUCUGAUCCUACACAAGUAAUAACAUUUUAAUGAGAUAGGGGCUGAUUUCAUAAAAAAAAGUUCAUAAACAUGUUUAUAAAUAUAUAAAAAAAAUGCCUUUUGAAAGGAACUUUGUUACUAAAUCUAUGGAUAAAUCUUUAACAAACAAAAAGAAAAGAAAGAAAAUCUCAUUUCUAUAAUAAAAGAGAAAACAGAAAAUAAAAAAUUCGCGUCAACUUUUAAUCUUGAUGGAAUUAGAGUGUGAGAAAUACGUGGUUUUAUUCCAAGUUAAACAGAACCAAGCGAGUAAAUCUUGCCUAAUUCAAGGAAUAUACAAUAAAAAAAAAUUAUGCACGUUUAUAUUUUUCUGAUCUAGUUUAGAUUUUGUCGUAUCUGUAAAUUUUUUAAAAUCAGACUAUUUUUGUUAUUUCCAAAACUUCAUAAUAUUAAUUAUAAACAAUGAAUAUUCUGUAGUUAAAAAAAGCUGCUUCGUGAUUUUUACAGCAUUCACUCAUACAUAAUAAUAAUUGUAAUUGAUUAUUAUUAAUAAAUAAAUACAAAAUAGUUGUAUAAUUGUAAUAAUUAUUUAACUAAAAUUACAAUUAAAUAACUAUAAAAUAUUAGAAUAUAAACGAUAUUUUACAAAAUAUUCAAAUAUUGUUCUAUAUAUUGUAAAAUAUUAUUAAGGUAAAAGAGAAUUUUUAUUUUAAUCAAUUAUUAAUAAUAAUAAAUUAUUCCUCAUUGCCGAUAAAAACUUGAUGUUCGGUAAUAAAAUUCAUUCGCAAUGCUAGAUGUAUAAAUCUAAAUUGCUGCUUUUUGCGAAUUUUCUAUUUAUUGUAAAGACAAUCAAAAAAAUGUCUUUUUUAUUGUCUCAUUCAAAUUAUUAUUUUUCAUUGAAAAUGCGAUGCUAUAUUGACAUGUUAAAUUUAUUUUCUAGUUUAAGUUAUUUUUCAGGAAUAUAAAUUAUCUUGUAUAUGCGAUAAGGGAAAGAUUCAAGAGCUGAAUAUUAAAUACUCGAAGACUGAGUUGUAAAUUAACAGACAUUAAUCACAAAAAAAGCAAAUUGUAAAUUGUUUUAUGAGAAGAAUUGAUAAAUUGUACAUUUUAUUUGUUAUAAUUUAUUUUCGGUUCAGAAAGGGCCUUAAGAUCACAUAUUCUUGCGAAAAGUAAUUCAAGGCUCCGUCCUUUAUUCUCAAGCUCAAAAAUUAUUUGCAAUUUAAAAAAUCUUUUGUUUAACUACCAUAAGGGAACUCUGGAAUUUUUCUCUGUAUUAGUGCCCUGAAAUUUUCUGAAAAAUGUAAUCCAACAUUUCUGUAAUGAAGUGUUAUUAAUGGAAUUUUGUAGAUAUAUCUGAUUCUUAAUCGACUGAGACUUAGUUUGUAUAUUAAAGUGUUGAGUAACUACCUUUUAAAAGAAUGUAACUAAUCCUUUUUUAGAAUUCUUUAAUUUCCUUAGUGCGAUUCUGGAGAAAAAUUUCUCUAAAAAAAAAUAGAAAAAAACUCAACACUGAUUUAUAUUCUUUAUAAUUUUUUUUAUAGUUUUCAUCUGCGAUAAAUCGUAGACUAAAAUAUAAUUGUUUUUUUGUUUCCAAUUUUUUCUUUGCUUCUAUUUUGCUGUAAGUAUAUUUCUCGAAAAUAAAUUAAAAGCUUUUUGUUGAGUUUCAUAUUUAUUAGGACGAGUGCUGUUGAACUUUUUACACACAAAAUAAAGUGGAAUAUUGUUAUAAAAGGAAA